GGCGUGCCGCUGGUCGUGCGCAGGCGCAGUGGCGCCCCAGGCAGUGGCCGUGCCAGUCGUCGUCAGUCGGUCGGAGCCGCCGCCUCGCUGGGAGCUGCGCGCUCCUCCGUCCCCUCCUCGCCGCCCUCCGACCGCAGCAGCCCCGCCGCCGCCGCCGCCGCCCCGCCACACCCGAGCCCUGCGCAGGCGCGAUGGUGGAUUAUCACACCGCUGGCCAGCAGACAUAUCAGUACGGGGGCAACGGGCCCGGCAUCGGCGACUACAUGGCUCAAGAGGACGACUGGGACCGCGACCUCCUCCUCGACCCGGCCUGGGAGAAGCAGCAGCGCAAGGCUGCACCAAACUGUUGGGCUCAAGAGAUGGGAGUCGUCAUCGCAGAGAGAGCACUUUGGUUGAGGGCAGGUGAAGGUGGCGAGCUGUUGAUUGCCAUCCCCCGCGGCGACCUUGUGGCGUCGUGUCUCUCCACCCCUCUCUGGGCUGAGGAGAACUAUUGUGAGCUGGACUAUUAUGACUCCCCCAGCGUCAACGCCCGGUGCCAGAAGAUUUGUGACCAGUGGGACUCGCUAGGAUCCUUGACCCACACCAGGAGGGAGGCAUUGGAGAAAACGGAAAAGCAGCUGGAGACCAUCGAUCAGCUCCACCUGGAAUAUGCCAAGAGGGCGGCGCCUUUCAACAACUGGAUGGAGAGCGCCAUGGAGGACCUGCAGGACAUGUUCAUCGUCCACACCAUCGAGGAGAUCGAGGGCUUGAUCGCCGCCCACGUCCAGUUCAAAUCCACCCUGCCUGAUGCUGACAAAGAACGCGAGGCCAUCCUAGGGAUCCAGAGCGAGGCACAGCGGAUCGCGGACUACAACAGUAUCAAGCUCUCUGGGAACAACCCCUACACUUCGGUCACUCCGCAGAUCAUCAACUCCAAGUGGGAGCGGGUCCAGCAGUUGGUGCCAAAGAGGGACCACGCCCUCCAGGACGAGCAGAGCAAGCAGCAGUCCAACGAGCACCUCCGCCGGCAGUUUGCCAGCCAGGCGAACAUUGUCGGGCCCUGGAUCCAGACCAAGAUGGAGGAGAUCGGGCGCAUCUCCAUCGAGAUGAACGGCACCCUGGAGGACCAGCUGAACCACCUCAAGCAGUACGAGCAAAGCAUCGUGGACUACAAGCCCAACAUCGACCUGCUGGAGCAGCAGCACCAACUCAUCCAAGAGGCCCUCAUUUUCGACAACAAGCACACCAACUACACCAUGGAGCACAUCCGUGUCGGAUGGGAGCAGCUCCUUACCACCAUUGCCCGCACCAUCAACGAAGUGGAGAACCAGAUCCUGACCCGGGACGCCAAAGGGAUCAGCCAGGAGCAGAUGCAGGAGUUCCGGGCCUCUUUCAACCACUUCGACAAGGUAAACCUGGGUCAUGUAUGGGGAUCGGGGGGAUGACAGACAGCAACAGGUAGUGGAGUCCCGCACUAGUAGAGUGUGAUGGUAUGCCGUUUUCCUUCCGCCAGCCUCCAUCUCUGCCUUUCUCCGCUUCCGUCCAGGAUAGUGCUAGAAUAGGGGUGUCUAACUGUGGCCCUCCAGAUGUUCAUGGACUAUGAUUCCCAUCAGCCCCUGCCAGCAUAAUGUUGUCCUUCCAGCAGCCUCCAUCUCUGCCUUUGUUUACCUCUGUCCAGGACAGAAAGUGCUAGAAUAGGGGUGUCUAACUCUGGCCCUCCAGAUGUUCAUGGACUAUGAUUCCCAUCAGCCUCUGCCAACAUAAUGUUGUCCUUCCACCAGCCUCCAUCUCUGCCUUUGUCUACCUCUGUCCAGGGCAAAAAGUGCUAGAAUAGGGUUUCAACUCUGGCCCUCCAGAUGUUCAUGGACUAUGAUUCCCAUCAGCCCCUGCCAGCAUAAUGUUGUCCUUCCACCAGCCUCCAUCUCUGCCUU